AUGUUUUUACUUCCGCCCCCCAUGUACGAGAUGUCCCAAGGCGAGAGGGCCGCAUUGGAGUGCGCUAAGCGCGCCCACCUAGCUUCAUCGAGUAUCACAGAUCCCGAUGACAGCCUGUCCUGUACAGAAGCAAUGUCUCCAGUAGGGUUGCCGACGUCGCUCCUCACCGAGGCCAAGAUUGAGCUCAUAGGGAGAAAGGAUCGCCCCUGGUGGAACUCAGACGGGGUACAGUAUGUGUCGGGAAACUGA